UUCAAAAACUUUUGUAUUUUCUCUAAACAACUAUUCUACGUAAAAAUCAAUAAAAUUACAUUUGAAAUUUGAACAGCUUCAUUUUGGAUUCUCUGGUUGUCCUGUAUUGAAUAUAUAUAACUGCUAAGGUGUUAGAAUUAAAUUGAUGUAUUGUAUUUUUACCAGAUAGAUUUAAUUCUGUGAUGGACAAUUAGGAGCAUAAUGUGUGUUAACUCCACUGCACUAUCUUUUCUCUUCUUCAACAAUGUGCUGUAUAUUUUCAUAUAUGUACAACCAAAAAUAUGACUUAAUAAUAUGAAGGAGGAUAAGUUCUUGCUAAUUGCAAAUUGACACCUUUUUUUUUGUCAAUUUUAUUUUUUGUGAUCACCAGCUUCUUGGAACACCAACUGAAUCUGAUCUUGGCUUUGUUCAAAAUGAGGACGCAAGGAGAUAUAUCAGACAGCUUCCAUCUCAUCAACGUCGACCAUUAGCCUCAGUUUUCCCAAAUGUUAACCCAUUGGCCAUUGAUCUAGUUGAUAGAAUGUUGACAUUUGAUCCCACCAGAAGAAUUACUGUUGAAGAAGCUCUAGCACAUCCAUACUUAGAAAGACUGCAUGACAUAGCUGAUGAACCAGUCUGCCUGGAGCCAUUUUCCUUUGAUUUUGAGCAGCAACCAUUGGGAGAAGAGCAGAUAAAGGACAUGAUUUACAGGGAGGCCUUAGCUCUGAAUCCAGCGCAUCCUUAUUAAAUAUGUAUUAAGUCUUUUCCCUAGUUUGUUUGAUAUGUGCUUCUAUCUCCUAAGCACCCAGCUCAAUUAUUGUUUGAUGCAAAAUUUUUGGUGGUUGAGAAAAUGCAACCCAGCAUGAUGGGUCACAGAUUGAAGUUUCCAAUUUUUGCAUCUGCAAUAUUUUUGGGAUAGCUUUCUUCAGUGGAGCACCUGUAACUGCCUAUUCACUGAAUUGUGACAAUGCCAGUCCCCUCGCAACCUCCAUAAGCCUGUAAAACUUCAGAUUUGAUGCUUCUCCCUUUCUGAUAUGUAUUUAUGAUGUGUUUAAAUUUUUUAAUAUCUUCUGAAUGUAUUACAUGCCUUUGUUGUAACCCUUGAUUUGAUUUAUUGUAAGUUAGACUCAAAUAUCUUGUUGUGAAAUAUAUAAAUGAAAAGAAUUGUAUGUU